UUCUGUUUCUUUGUUAUGGGGUGGGUGGGCCCCCAGAAAUCAGGAUUUUAAAAAGAUUCCCAGGUGAUUCUAAUGUGCAGCCAAGGUUGAGAACCACUGUUCUGGAGUAAGGGGGCAGAGAACACGUGCUUCUAGGAAGCUCGGCCCCUUUAAGGAUGGGGAGGGGCGGGGCCUGCUGUUGCCUGGAGACCAGCCCGGCUUAGACGCGCGCGCCGGAGCAGUGCAUCACCUGGCUGGGCCUGGUGUUCAGAGAGAGCCAAGUGAGCGCCCCGCGAGAGCUCCCGGCGCCCCAGGCCCUGCGACGGACUUAACCGCCAAACGGACCCGCCUCCUCCGAGGACCUGAGCAGGUGCGUGGUGGGCGAGGAGGGCCUUAGGGAAGGGCAGGAAGUUUGGGGACCCCGGGGCUCAGAAUUCACGCUCCCUUUAUGCUGCCGCGGCAAAGAACAAACAGGAGAACGCGGUGUCAAGCCUGGGAGGACAGAAAAAAGUUAGUGAGAAACACGCCAGGAGAAAGGAAACUUGCCUUGCAGUUCAGAUUUCACUGAUACGGGACCGGAAAGCCUAUAUGGUAGAAGCCUGCCGAGUUCGAUGUGAGCAGCUUGCUUAGCUAAGACAGCAAUGGGGUGGGAGUGGAGACUGAAAGUGAUUUUUUUUUUUAAAUGAGUAAUUCAUCUAUUGUUACUCCUCACCUGAGGAUAUUUUUCUAUUCGUUUAUAGAGAGGGGAAGGGAGGGGAGAGACAGAGAGAGGAACAUCAAUGUGAGAGACACAUCGAUUGGGUGCUUCCCCCAUCCGAACCCCCGACCGGGGCCAGGCAUUGAGCCUGCAGGGAUUGGCCCUUCAGUUGGCAGGCCGGUGCUCUAUCCACUGAGCCAAACCGGCUAGGGCGAGUGGAAGGUUUUGAAUGGAGAGAAGCAGGACAGUAGGAGCGCUAGAGGAGGGGUGGAGCUAGCAGGUGAGUUUCAGAGGACGCCCUGCCGGCAGCGGAGGGCGUGGGGCACCCCCUGCAUCCUCUGGGCACACAAGGAGGGAUGGUGCCUUGGACUCCAGGACUGGGAUGCUUUCAGUGGGGCCGGUUUCAGAGGCCAUGGACACUAGGGCUUUGGAGUCCUACCCCUCUGCUCCACCUUGACACCACCCUGUUUCUGGCUGACAUAGGGGGUGGGUGCUCAGGCAGUGCUAGUGCUGGCAUGGGGAGUAAGGGGCCAAUGACUUCAAGUUCCAAAACAGGAAAAUGGCGUGCCAUCAUCGCUCCAUUACUGACUGUGUGCUCUUCCCCAUACUUUGGAAAUGCUUCGUGCAUCCAUUUCUUUCAUUCUUACAAGGAAACAAGGUACUGUUAUUCCCAUUUGGUAUCUGAGGCGGGAGGACAUCAAGUAACUUGCAGGAAUCCAGCUUUGCGCACUUUGCCACGGGAGACGGGCUUUCACAGCACGGACUGGCAGCAUGCUAGCCCUCAGAGGUUAAGUAGCCGUUUUUCAUGGACAGGAUGACCCUUUACUGGGACACUAUUUGUAAACAGUGCUUCCAAUUUAAAAACCAUUUAGGAACAACCAAUGUAAUAUUGAGGCUAUAUUAUUUUUAUAAACUGGUAAUACCUAUUGUAAUUUUUCACGCUUUUAGGAGAACGGUAAUGGCAUUGGGUUGUAAAGCUAACAUUUCAGCUACGAGUGAAACCCUCAAGUAUUUGGAGACAUAAUUUUUAUUUUUUUUUUCAGGUAAAGCUCAUCAGUGACUUGAAACAAACAGCUCUCAAAGGAAUUUGACACUUAAAUAAAGGCAAUGGUGAAAGAAAAGAAAAAAACAGACAAAAAAGUGGAUAAAUCUGCCCACUCUCCCUCAUCUCUCUCUGAUAAUCCGGAGCUUUCCAAGCCAGAUGGCAAUUCCACUAGACAAGUAAUAUCCCCAAUCAUUGUCCCACAAUUGGGACUAAGUGAACCAGGAUCCAAAAGAGAGUCCAGAAGUGAGAAUCAGCAGUUAGAAGAUGCCCUUCAAUAUGAAGACCCCAUUCUGACCAACCUCAUCAUUGAAAGCUAUGAAGGGGAAAAAGUCCAUGGACUGUACCAGGGAGAAGGCUUUGCAGUCUUCCAGGGAGGCUGCACCUACCGCGGUAUGUUUUCAGAAGGACUCAUGCAUGGACAUGGGACUUACAUUUGGGCCGAUGGAGUGAAAUAUGAGGGGGAGUUUGUGAAGAACAUCCCCAUGAACCAGGGCGUGUACACAUGGCCGGACGGCAGCACCUACGAGGGAGAAGUGAUCAACGGCAUGCGGAACGGCUUUGGUGUGUUCAGGUGCAGCACGCAGCCCGUGUCCUACAUCGGCCACUGGUGCCAGGGCAAGAGGCACGGGAAGGGCUCCAUUUAUUACAAUGAAGAGGGUACCUCGUGCUACGAGGGGGACUGGGUUCACAACAUCAAGAAGGGCUGGGGGAUAAGACGUUAUAAAUCUGGAAAUAUGUACGAAGGGCAGUGGGAAAACAACAUGCGCCAUGGGGAAGGCACGAUGAAAUGGCUGACAACUAACGAAGAGUACAGUGGUCAGUGGGAGAAUGGUGUCCAGAAUGGUUUAGGGACACACACAUGGUUUCUAAAGAGAGUCCCCAACACCCAGUAUCCUUUGAGAAACGAAUACAGAGGGAACUUUGUAGAUGGAUGUCGUCAUGGCCACGGGAAGUUUUACUACGCCAGUGGAGCCAUAUAUGAGGGGGAGUGGGUUUCCAAUAAAAAACAUGGCAUGGGCCGAUUAACUUUCAAGAAUGGACGCGUGUAUACUGGCCCUUUCUCCGAUGACCACAUAGCGGAAUUUCUAAGUCUCGACAACGAAUUAGUACAUUACCAAGACCCGUCUGCUGUGUCUGUCCUCGAGAGCCAGUAUGAAGGGUCUUCCAGUGCCGAGAUUAUCCGAAGGCUUAACGGCAGUGAAAGUACAUCCGUGCUAGGCUCGAGCAUCGAGCUGGACCUAACUUUGUUGCUAAACAUGUACCCUAAGGGGGAGCAACCGGAGGAAAAGAAGCAGGUAGAAUAUGCUAUCUUAAGAAAUAUUACAGAAUUAAGGAGAAUUUACAGCUUCUACAGCAGCCUAGGAUGUGAGCGGUCCCCGGAUAACACCUUUCUGAUGACGAAGCUUCAGUUCUGGAGGUUUCUAAAGGAUUGCAAAUUUCACCACCAUAAAAUAACUCUCGCCGACAUGGACAGGGUAAUAAGUGAAUACAGUGGCAUACCAGUUGAAGAGAUUCAUUCUCCAUUUACAAAAAUACUUUUGAGAAUAUUUCUGACCUAUCUCCUGCAGCUGGCUUACCACAUUCAUCACAAAGAAUACCAACACAGAAGCCCCUCGCUCUUUCUGUGUUUCACAAAACUGAUGACAGAGAACAUUCAUCCCAACGCCUGCCAUGUAAAAGGCAGUUUAUUCAGUGGGCCACAGCGGUCCCUCUACUCGAUGAAUUACAUCGACAUGUGCUGGGAGAUUUACAUGGCGCACUGCAGGCCGAGCACAGUGCCGCCCCACGAGCCCGCCAUGAAGAUGAGGCACUUCCUCUGGAUGCUCAAAGACUUUAAAAUGAUAAAUAAGGAAUUAACAUCAACCAAAUUUGUGGAGGUCAUAGCGGAAGACAAUCCUUUCAUGUAUGAUGGAAUUGACUGCAACUUGGAACUUGAGCUUGUGUUCUUGGAAUUCUUUGAGGCUCUCUUGAGCUUCGCAUCCAUCUCUGUUACUGACCAAAUGACCAAAUCCCAUGUAAGUGGCCUAUGCGAUGACUUCACUGGAAACAGAGCUGGGAUCGCGUAUCUGCCAACAGACAAGAACAGGAGCCUGAGCGCAGCAGCGAGCCAGGAGUCUGAUGUGCACUUGGUCAACUCCAUGUUGUCUUCAUCCAAGUUAGCGCUCUUGCUCGAUUUCAGCAAAAUCCAGAUAACAGAGCCCAAGUUCAGGAAGUCACUAAGUGAUGACAGAAUUUCCAAAAUGACUAUUAAAUCUCCAGGAAAAGGGCUAAUGUUUUCAUUACCUCAUUGUGAGAGAAAAAAAGGCAAGGACGAACAAUGCGAAAACAUCAACAGGUGGAUCAACUGUAUGUGUAUCUUUUUUGUGAACACGUUCUUCCAAGCAUACAGACAUGAAGAAACUCUCAAGGAGAAAAUAAAGGAAAAUAAGUUACAUUUCACAGCCAUGGCCAAGUGGAGGAAGACAGAAAACGACGAGCUGGAAGCAAGGCUUCUGAUGUUGGAGAUGAAAGAGGAAGAGGUCAAAAGACAAGACCACCACGUGGUCGACAUCACUGUGAUCAAGGAACCGGUGGACAUCCCAUCCCUGCAUGUAAUGCUGGGCCUCCCGAAAGAGGCCCACGUAUUGGGCCUGUCCAAAUCCUUCGUAAGUAAGAAGAAGAAAAGAUAGAGGUGACCGGGUUUGUCAACGAGCCACAGGAACCAGCAGAUGUGAAAGCAGGUUAGACCAAAGCACUGCAAUGCAUUUCCUGACCAAUACAGUUGUGUUUUACUUCCCGUCGCAGUGUGCUUGAAUACCACGCCCUGUCCACUGUUCCCAGUUUUUCUAAGGUUGGACCACUCAAUGCCUGCGCUCUGAAAACUGAGCUGCAUGAAAAUACAUGGAUAUGGGGAGUAAGUGAGUGUGUAUUCAAUAUGAUUGGUGAUUAAGUUUUGAAUCUGAUAAAACCAAUCACAUAUCAAUGGGGAGUAGAUGCACUCAUUGAAACAUUUCUUCAGGCUCCCUCCCCAAAAUAGUUCCUGUGCCCCUUGUCACCGCCCUGUGUCCAUAUCCUACCUGUCCUCUUACCUGGCGGCCUCUUACGGGACUCAUUCCCGCGAGUCAGCACCACAAACAUUGCAGGACCCAAGGUCAGGAGCGGGUGUGCAGUUGGCGGUUAAGUGAAUACUCUAAGUCUCUGUUAGAAAAUGUCAGAGCUAAUAAUUUGUUUUAAAAUUUAAGACCUACCACCAAAAGCAUAAAAAGACAAUUUCUAGCUUUCCAACUGGCAGAAGGAAGAAAACUAUCAUCUAACAUAAAUCUUGGAAAAAAGGAGAACAAUGAAGAAAAAAGAUGGAAACAGAAAACAAAAGAUGGUGGGGAGAAGUGCCAAGAUACCAGGAAUCACCAAUGUAACAGGCUAAACUCACCUCUUCCCCUCCCAAGCUCCAGAGGUACUUAGAUUGGAUAAAAAAAAAUAAAAAUCACUUCAAUGUUCCUCUUUACAAGGGAAACAUCUUCAACAAAAUCAUAUAGAAAAGAUAAAAAUAAAAGUAGGAAAAAUGCACCCGGAAAAUCUAAUCAAGAUGAUUAGAAAGCAAGCAUUAUUAAAGGUCAACAACAUAGAAUUUAAAGCAAAUAUCAGCAUAAUACAGAUAAAAAUAAUUAAAAAGGACCAACAACCAAAAAGAUGCAGUAUUCCCAUGCAUUUCCCGAACUAGCCUUGCCAACAGACCAGGAAGAGCAACACUGAGUACGGACAUAGACAAUUAAAGUGCCUACACGAAAACCAGCGUGCAACAGAGAAAAAACACUGGCUACAUUUUUGGUUGAAAAGUGCAACAGUUUCAAAUGAUCCCUCAGAGACCAGAUCUCUUUGGACUGCAAUUAGCAAGUCAGCAAUAAACACAAAGCAUGCCUUUAUUGAGAGGAAGUCAUAGUGGAAACUGCAUUAUGUAAGACAACAAAAACACUACAAAUCGAUGAGGAGUUUUCUCCCAUCUCCUCCCUAACUCACAGGAGCAUGCAGGUCAGGCGACGGGAACUGGAACCCCUGUGAGGGCUGGGUAGGUCCAGUGAUUCUAGACCAGGGGUGGGCAAACUUUUUGACUCGAGGCCACAAUGGGUUCUUAAACUGGACCGGAGGGCCGGAACAAAAGCAUGG